AUGCGAGUCAAGACACGUCGAGUGCGUGGAGCAGACCAUCACAGCAGACCAUCACAGCAGACCAUCGCAGCAGACCAUCGCAGCAGACCAUCACAGCAGACCAUAACAGCAGACCACCGCAGCAGACCAUCACAGCAUACAUCACAGCAGACCAUCGCAGCAGACUAUCACAGCAGACCAUCACAGCAGACCAUCACAGCAGACCAUCACAGCAGACCAUCACAGCAGACCAUCACAACAGACCAUCACAUCAGCAGACCAUCACAACAGACCACCACAGCAGACCAUCACAACAGACCAUCACAGCAGACCAUCGCAGAUCCAUCUCGACAUAUGCAAUUAUAG